UAAGCCUAAAGGUUUUUUCCGACAUCGACUAAACUUGCUUCAAUGGAAACCUGCCCGGGCUUCUUCUGUAUUUAUAUCACUCAGCUUGGUUUCGCUUCCCCGCAAUUCUCCGCCCUUUCAGAAAGUACACAAUAAACUCUCAAGAUCGGCCUGAAGCAAAUAUAGCGAACAUUUCAGUGUCGCUGGACUACACAGAACAUCUCUCGGGCAACAUGCAAUCUACGGUGUUUACUAUCUUGUUUGUCAAACUAUUAUGCUUAACUUUACAUGGAAUGACAGCAGUGUUAGCUGAACUUCCAAGUCCCAGUAACAUCAGAAUUACCUCCAUCAACAUGGGACUAGUGUUGGAGUGGGAUCCCCCUCAGAACCACACGGGAAACCUCACCUACAGAUCAGAAUACAAGGGGAAGAGCAUCAGGAACAGCUACCAGGUUGUAUGUUUGGACACAACUGCCCUAUGCUGUGACUUCACCAGACAUCUAAACAAAUUUGGAGUGUACACUUUCCAAGUGAGGGCAGAACGAGAGGGAGAGACAUCUCACUGGGUGGAGACUAAGGAGUUUGUCAUGGAUGAACACACCACUUUAGGCCCUCCCAGUGUGACUCUAGUCUCCAGUGGUGCGAACAUUGAAGUGAGCAUCGAAGACCCAGUGCUCAGGAUCUCUGAGUUUAAAGAGAUCUACAAUCAUGCAACCUUUAACGUCGCCUACUGGAAGGAGGGCCAGGAGAAGAAGGUCACACGGAUGAAUGGCAUCCAACUGCAUGAAGUGGUGUUGGAGCUGGAGCAAUGGACCAGGUACUGUUUUCAGGUCUGGGUGGUAACCGAAAGGUUCUUCAAACAAAGCCAGCCCAGCAACGUUACGUGUGAGAGCACCGCUAAGGCCAAGGACAGGCCCUGGGUGAUGGCCCUGGGGAUGUUUGUGGUGAUGGCUGUGUCUGUGCCCCUGGUGGUUCUAGCAUUCUGGCACUGCUACAGGGUGGUCCGCUUCCUCAGACCCAAGGUCAAGCUGCCUGGACAUUUCACAGUGUACCUGUUGGAUCCUCAGUGCUCCUCCAUCCUGGCCUUGCAGAGCAGCCCCCAGCCUGAUGAGGUGUACCAUGAGGUCAGCAUCAUGCCUGGGGGGACAGAGACAGAGAGAGAGCGCCCUCUGGUGGACAGAACAUAAAGCACAUAACCAGACUGACUGACAAUGCAAAAGAAAGGCAGUGUUCGAGAGCGUCAACACCGCGACUGACAGGCCGAUCUAUAAAUAAUAUUAAGUUGUUGUUUAUGAUGCAAGGUGAUUGGUUGAUCAGUCAGUCUCGACUCGCCUUUAAUGUUGGCUGCACCCAAUCACAAAGAUCUUGAAGUGGAUGGGGAAAAUAUGGGUGAAAGACUGAUGUGAGGAAGAAACGAAGACAUCAAUGGAUGGCAGAGAAGAGGACGUAUCUCUUAGUGAGAAAUAAUAGUCUAACUGACAUCAGGGAUUUAGUUAUUUAUUCAUCCCUGUGAUGAAAUUCUAAGAGAGAUAAUUUAGUGUAAUGCAGGUGUCAUCUUCUAGAUUCAGCUGCAGGCCUGAUUUUUUAUCUCUUGGGGGUUCGGAAAAAAUAAUUGCAAAUCAUUUUGUGAUCGUAUGCAAAUUAGCCGCAAGAACCCAAACAAAUAUAUUUGACUGAAACAAUCAUUUCAGACCUUGCUUCCAUUUGUAUACGAUCACAUGUUUCUAUGAUACCUAAAAUCACUACGAGCUGAUUUCCUGCUGUUAAAAAUAAAAUAAACAUUUGACUGAGAACUUGGGGGGGGGGGGGGGGGGGGGGGUGAAUAUAACCACUGCCAGUUAGGGAACCCUGGUGUAAUGUGUAUGAUAAUGAUCAAUAAUGCCUUUUAUUCAUUAUUGGCCUUGGUACACUGGCAUUUUAUGAUAUGAGUAUAGGGCAAUGGAAUGGUGACCCACUAUUCCACCAGAGAGAGUUCUCCUUAUGAGCUGACUGAUACGACACACUCCAAAUAAUUUUAUGGAAAAUGGCGUUUUUGUAUUUAGCUUGUGACACAGCAGUCAAGACAUCAUGACAUCAUCAUGACAUCAUCAAGACAUCAUCAGCAAUGGGUCUACAAUGGAUUCGGAAAGUAUUCAGCCCCCUUGACUUUUUCCUCAUUUUGUUGCAUUACAGCCUUAUUCUAAAAUUGAUUAAAAAUAUAUAUU